AUGAUCGGAGGAUUGAACGUGUUGAGGGACUGCGAGGUGGCGCAUGUACCUCCAGGAUAUGAAAACCAAAUAGUGCCCGUGGCCUCGCUGGCUUUGGCCACGUUCGAACGGUCCGACGUCCGCGUCCUCCUGCACGACGUGCAGCAGCUCCGGUUCGAGAUUGUCACCUUCGAUGGCCAUGGCGCAGGAGCGACGCAGUCAGCGACGCAGUCACGGGCUGAGGAAGCGGCAACGGCGGCGGCGGCGGCGGCGGCGGCGGCGGCGCUGCUGUUGCUGCUUCGGAGGCAAGAACUCCUGCUGCUGUUGCUGUUGCUGUCGCUGUCGCACUGCUUGCCGCAUGGCGUUUCCGCACAAUUCGCAUGUGUGCCGGUCGGUCGAAAAUGCGAGCACUUGCCAUAUUAG